AUGAGCGGGAGAAUCCUCUCCCACCGUCUUGUUCCGCUCUUGCGGACGGGCUUUUUGGCCCGCCAUGUUCAUAAUGCUGGUGCAAGGACUGGAGGUCUUCUACGUUCAGAUGGCAGCGCCGCACUUCGAGGACGCGCCUGGCCUGUCGGUGCGAACUCGAUUCAUAAUGUCCCCGCUGUGCGGGGGAUCUCCUUUGCGAGGAUCCUUCCGAAGCUGGCACUAAAACUAGUGAAGGUGCCUGCAAUGCUUGGAACGGCUACAGUAGCUGGGUUAGCUUAUAUUCAAUAUCAAACUACACAGGCAGGAAAUUAUGCUAUUGAUGUGCUGAAACGUGCGGGGGAGUCGGCCAGUGACACUGCUUCCUCCAUCUUCUCCGAAAUCCAGAAUGUGGCUGAACAGACACAACGUGGCUGGCAAAGGACUACGGAUAGUGUGGAAGUUCCUGAAUGGUUGCAAAACAUCCUAGGCUUCAGUGAAGGUUCCCAAAACGACGGUUCCGGGGGAGGAGGGCAGCCCCCAAGAGAAAGCCGGGCUGGUGCCGCUGCAGCUGCUGGGGCGGCGGCUUUGGGUUACGACCAAGAUGAUGAGCACGCCCGAUUGACCAGGAAUGCGGAGGACGACCAGAUGAUGCUCCUUACUCGUAAAAUGAUCGAGAUCAGGAACAUACUCCAGGCUGUUGGCCAGUCCAACACCCUGACAUUGCCGUCAAUUGUAGUCAUUGGUUCGCAGUCAUCCGGCAAAAGCUCCGUUCUCGAAGCUAUUGUUGGGCAUGAAUUUCUUCCCAAAGGCUCGAAUAUGGUUACCCGGCGGCCGAUCGAACUUACUUUGGUCAAUACUCCUCACGCACAAGCAGAAUAUGGAGAAUUCCCUGCCCUCGGGCUAGGGAAGAUAACCGACUUCUCUUCAAUCCAACGCACCUUGACCGACCUUAACUUGGCAGUCCCUGAGAGGGAUUGUGUCAGCGAUGACCCGAUUCAACUCACCAUCUAUUCUCCUAAUGUUCCCGAUCUUUCCCUCAUCGAUCUCCCAGGUUAUAUCCAGGUUUCCGGCCAAGGUCAACCUCCACAGUUGAAGCAAAAGAUCUCUGAUCUAUGUGACAAGUACAUCCAAGCGCCAAAUGUUAUCUUAGCCAUAUCAGCGGCAGAUGUUGAUCUUGCCAAUUCGACAGCAUUAAGAGCAAGUCGCAGAGUAGACCCUAGGGGUGAAAGGACGAUCGGUGUCAUCACAAAGAUGGACCUUGUCGACCCAGAGCGUGGCUAUAGCAUUCUUACUGAUAAGAAAUACCCUCUUCGCCUGGGCUACGUGGGUGUGGUCUCGCGAAUCCCCCAGACGACCGCUCUGUUUUCUUCUCGGGGAAGUGGCAACAUCACGAGCGCGAUCAUGAAGAAUGAAAAUGCCUAUUUUUCUUCUCAUCCCUCUGAGUUUGGGCCUCAGUCAGAGGUGUCGGUUGGCGUUGGAACUUUGCGAACCAAGCUUAUGCAUGUUCUUGAACAGACGAUGGCAUCUAGCCUAGCGGGUACUAGGGACGCUAUCAGCCAGGAACUGGAAGAAGCGACGUACGAGUUCAAGGUUCAAUAUAAUGAUCGUCCGCUGAGCGCCGAGUCUUAUCUCGCCGAGAGCCUGGACAGCUUCAAGCACUCCUUCAAGGCAUUCGCCGAGAACUUUGGCCGUCCCCAGGUGCGUGAGAUGCUGAAAAAUGAGCUCGAUCAACGCGUUAUGGACAUCCUCGCUCAGAGAUAUUGGAACAAGCCAAUCGACGACCUGAACCCUCCGAUGCCUGAGUUGGAUCCCCUCAUUGACCUUCCCAAGGCCGACCCGGAGUCAAUGUAUUGGCACCGUAAGCUCGACGCGUCGACAUCCUCCUUGACCAAGCUGGGAAUUGGCAGGCUUGCUACAACAGUUGUUGCUGGUGCAAUCCAUUAUCAUGUCGAGUCAUUGUUGGCCAGCUCUACCUUCGCCUCCCACCCGUAUGCUCAAAAGCAGAUCGUGGAUGCUUGCAGUAGCAUCCUGAAUGAUCGAUUCUUCAGCACCAGCGAUCAAGUCGAGAACUGCAUCAAGCCUUAUAAAUACGAAAUCGAAGUUGAGACCCGGACUUUGAAACGUGUUGAGGACUCUGUUGGGAGGAGAAAGAUCAAGGAUGUGAUGUCAUUCAUAGACAAGGUCAGGAAAGGUGAAGUGGUCUUGGAAGGCGACGGCGCUGGUGGAGCAGGUGGAUUCAGCUCUGCCCUGCUAGCCACAGGUCGUGAAAGCACCUUCCUGCGCGAUCGGGCUGAUCUCCUUAAGAUGAGACUCCUCGCUGUCCGCUCGAAGCAAUGUGCCAGCAAGAAAAACAAGUACUACUGCCCCGAAGUCUUCCUUGACGUCGUCGCAGACAAGCUCACAUCAACCGCGGUACUAUUCCUCAACGUUGAGCUCCUAUCAGAGUUCUACUACAACUUCCCCCGAGAACUGGACAUGAGGCUAGGCCGUCACCUCUCCGACGCAGAAGUAGAACGCUUCGCCCGCGAGGACCCUCGCAUCCGGAGACACCUCGACGUGAUCAAGAAGAAGGAACUCCUCGAAUUAGCCCUGCAGAAAAUCGAAAGCAUCCGCCAGUUGGACGGUCGCAGCAAGCAUAGAAACACCGACCGCCCCCUGUCCAAAGAGCAGAGAAAUCGUGGCUGGAACUUGUUCUAA